CCUCACGGGUGCCAUGGUAACGGCGAGACUGCAUCCUGGGUUCCGGAAGUCGGGAGCUGGAGCUGCCGGGGUCAGAGGAUGCUGAGUCCUGAGCGCCUCGCUCUACCGGACUACGAGUAUCUGGCUCAGCGACAUGUCCUCACAUACAUGGAGGAUGCAGUGUGCCAACUACUAGAGAACAGGGAAGAUGUUAACCAGUAUGGCAUUGCCAGGUUCUUCACUGAAUAUUUUAAUAGUGUAUGUCAAGGAACUCACAUUCUCUUUCGAGAAUUCAGCUUCAUCCAAGCAACCCCUCACAACAGGGCGUCAUUUCUACGUGCCUUCUGGAGAUGCUUUCGAACCGUGGGCAAAAAUGGGGAUUUGCUGACCAUGAGAGAAUAUCACUGUCUACUGCAGUUACUGUGCCCAGAUUUUCCACUGGAGCUCACUCAGAAAGCAGCCAGAAUUGUGCUCAUGGACGAUGCCAUGGACUGCUUGAUGUCUUUUUCAGAUUUCCUUUUCGCCUUCCAGAUCCAGUUUUACUAUUCAGAGUUCCUGGACAGUGUGGCUGCCAUCUAUCAGGACCUGUUGUCAGGCAAGAACCCCAACACCGUGAUCGUGCCAACAUCGUCCAGUGGGCAGCACCACCAGCGACCUGCGUUGGGCGAGGCUAGCACGCUGGAGGGAGUGGAGGCAUCACUGUUCUACCAGCAUCUGGAAAACCUGUGUGACCGGCACAAGUACAGCUGUCCACCCCCAGCACUUGUCAAAGAGAUCCUCAGCAGCGUUCAGAGGCUGACUUUCUAUGGAUUCCUUGUGGCCCUCUCAAAGCAUCAUGGAAUCAAUCAAGCCCUAGGAGCUUUACCUGACAAGGGAGACCUGAUGCAUGACCCAGCCAUGGAUGAGGAGCUGGAACGGCUGCUGGUGCAGGUCCCAGGCCUGGUCAAUCCGAUCACUGCCACUCCAGAGGCCGGCUACCUGCCUUCCCGGACCCCUUCCCGGGUUGGCUCCCCUUGGAGGCCUCUCCAUCACCCUCGCAAAGUGGAUGCAGAGAGCGAUGGCUCCACUGAAGAGACAGAUGAGUCUGAGACUUGAGGAAUCUGAAGGGCCUUGCUUUCACCCGGUACCUUGCUCUCCCAUCCAAUCCAUGGUACCCCACCUAACCUCCUCUAGCGCCUUGCUGUGCUGCCCUCUGCUGGCAGAAAAGCUGAACAGCCACAGAGGCCUGCCAGUUCAAUCAUCAGCCAAGCCAAGCAGUGACCUAGCAAUUUUAUAGCCUGCUCUCUCUGGCACUGUCAUCCUUUGGACUUAAGCUGACAGACUAUCCUGAGGUCAUCUGUCAUCACUGGGAAAGGGACUUGCCCUAAGCCUUUUGUUGGCAGUCCCCCUUACCUCUUUUCUCAGCCAGUCUCUGCUAGUCCCUUGAUAAGGUUCAUCCCUUAACACUUCAUAUAAGGGAGAACGAUAACAAAUAGCCUGAUUCCAUCAAGGAUGACACCUGAGAGCAAUACUGGGAAGAUACCAACUGUGGCCUUCUGCUGGAAAAAUCAGUCACUAGUCAUGACAGUAGAAAGAAGGGUGGGCAGAAAGUUCACUUGCAAAAGCCUGCUUCAAGUCUCCUGUGUCUAAUAGCAAAUCUGUGAAAUGAAUAAAGUCCCUUGUGUCUGCUAA